GUUAAAUUUGAUUGUCAAAUUGACGGCAAUCUCCGAUCGACAUCAGUCGCAUCGCUGUGUGAACCAAAAAACCACCUUUACUUUUGACCAAUUAUUGAUCGAACAAGGGCACGGCGACACUUACGAAUACUGGCAGAACAGUUAAUGUCGAACUUGCGGGAGAAGAAAUACCGAUAAUGCGCGGCGGAUCUUUAAAAAAACAAAUUUCAAUUUACACACGUGAUAUUCCGAUGGAGUUCGUUCAACCGUCGAGGAGCAAAACAUUGAAUCGACAAUAUUUGGUAUUCGAUUAAAGCGCAAGUUAUGCAGUGAAACACGCGUUGCGUGAAUCGAUCGACAAGUGUUACGACAAACCAGACCAGAGAUUACGGUGCUUUUCCAUCUGUGUGUUGCAAGUCGUUGGCUGUUCCGGAAUCCCGGACAAUCCUACGCUUACGUCAGUUAUUUAAUUCGACUUUUACAACAAUUAUUUUACACAUUUCGAGAAAUUUGCGAUUCAAAAAUCGAUAAAAAUCAUUCGCCUUGAAGUUCGAAUAGAACAAAAUCGAACAAAUAUACACACGUACCAAAGAGUGCAUUUAAAUGUGUACAUACAAAUUUUUAUAAAAUUUAUCGGUCAAUGACACGCGGUGUCAAUAUAAUAAUAGAUCGACGAUGAGUUCUUCGAUAGAUGAUAACGUGAAUAUCGAAGACACGGUUAGAUUCAUAAAUCAGUUAGCUACCUCCGAUGGGAGUCUGAAAUCGCCAAUAAAUUUGAAUAUUAGCGAUAUGAAAGUUGUAGAACUGAAUCCCGUAGAAUGGUUUAAUUACGAUAGCACACCGAAGAAAUUAAAAUUGACCAAUACUGGGCGCACUGUGCUUCUUAGCGCAACGUGGCAAGCGGAACGUCCGUAUUUACGUGGCGGUCCUUUUGUCAGCAGCUAUAAAUUUUCUCAGAUCCAUUUUCACUGGGGAAAAACCGAUAUGAACGGCAGUGAGCAUUACGUCGACGGUGGAAGCGUGCCAAUGGAAAUGCAUGCUGUGCAUUUUAAAAGUGAUUACGAAACUCACGAAGCAGCUCUUCGCAAAGACGACGGUAUCAGCAUCUUGGUGUACUUUUUACAGCUUCAAGCAGCCCCCAAUCCAUUUCUGGACGAUAUUAUAAGAGCACUACCCUUUAUUCAAACGGUUCACUCUUCCGUUCGUUUAAUAUCUUUUCCUUUAACAAACCUGCUGCGAAGCUUUCAACGAGAUUACUUCGUGUACUGGGGUUCCGUCAUGCUGACAAACAUCAGAAACAGCAUACUGUGGUUGAUAACUAGAGAACCCAUAGGGAUAUCCCUCGAGCAAGUUGCCAAAUUCCGCACAGUGCAGGAUGAACGUGGAGUGCCGAUUCUGACGAAUCGCCAGGCACUGCAGGACAGAGGUGGCAGAAAUAUAUUUUUUGUGUGUCCGAGCGGAUCCACGUACGCGACACUGCUGCCUAUUCGGCAUGUCUUCCGAACAGAAAUUCAAGAAGAAAAUGAUGGCAAAGAGAAAUAAUCGUUAUUUAUUAAUUAUAUUGUACGUUGCUUGUCACAGGGUGUAUUUACUUACUUAGAAUAAUGUAUUAUUGCAAUUAUACG